GCUGCCGCCGGGGCCGCGGGUGCGGAGCGCUGCGCCGGCCUCCCGCAAUAUGCCUCCGCUGCCCUCGGGCUGCUCGCCAUGCCGGGCACCUGCGAGCGCCUCUCCGCGCUGCUCCCGGGGCUGGCGGCCGCGCUGCUGCCGCUGCUGGUGAUGCUGAUGCUGGGGCGGCCGCCCCCCGCCGCCGCCGCCGCCACCCGCCCGCAGCAGCAGCGAGCGGCGCUGCCCGGGGGCGCCCCCGCCGCGGCACCAGGAUCUGUUUUUACGCUAAAAGUUCAAGUAAAUGACAUCAUCAGUCAUCAGUACCUGCGACAAGCGGUGGUGGAGGUGUUUGUGAACUACACCUUGACAAAUUCUACUCUUACUGGGAACAAUGGAGCAGUGUUAAUAAAAGUCCCCUACAAAUUAGGAUUAAGCUUAACUAUUGUCUCAUACAAGGAUGGCUACCUGCUGACACCUUUGCCUUGGAAGACUGCAAGAAUGCCAAUAUACUCGUCCGUGACGCUCUCAUUAUUCCCACAAAGUCAAGCUAAUAUAUGGCUGUUUGAAGAUACUGUCUUAAUUACUGGAAAACUGUCUGAUGCCAAAUCUCAACUGAGUGUUCAGUUUCCAAAAUCUUUAAUAAAGCUUCCAACGAAUCAUAUUGCAAAUGUUACAGCCUAUCUGACAGUGCCAGAGCAAUUUUUGAAAGUGGACAGCUUUCUCUAUACAACAGGAAUUAUUCUAAAUAAAUCAGGUUUCAAAAGCAUGGAAUUAACUCCUCUUGCUGCCAUAUGUGUAAAUGUUCUUUUGGCUGGGAAAGAACUGAAUGUAAAUGGUCCCAUUCAGGUUACACUUCCUCUUCCCACAACUACGGUAAAAUCAGGAGAUGCUGUACCUGCCUGGACAUUCGAUAUGAAAAUUGGUGCUUGGGUAAACCGUGGGCUAGGAAUGGUCAAGGAAGUGGAUGGUCAGUUAGUAUGGACAUACACUGCUCAACACUUGGGCUACUGGAUAGCAGCUCCACUGCCUGGAACGAGAGAAUCCAUUAUUAGUGCUGUUUCCAAGGACAUAACAGCCUAUCACACAGUGUUCCUUACGGCCAUACUGGGAGGAACUCUUGUCAUUAUCAUUGGAUUUUUUGCUGUUCUUCUUUGUUACUGCAGGGAUAAAUGUCGUCGCACACAGAAGAAGGAAAAAAACACAACUAAGCUGGAGGUCAUAAAAAAAGAUCAGACAACGUCAACAACUCACAUAAAUCACAUCAAUGCUGUGAAAGGGUCUUUAAAGUUGGAGGAUAAGUCACAGUUAUAUACACCGAAGAUUUCUUCAUACAGCCCUCAAAGAAGGCUGUCCAUAGACACAGAAGAUGGAAAAUCACAAGACAAUUUUAAAAUCUACACAGAGGAUGCUUCUUACCAGUCAUCCUGUCAGACUGGUCAGGCAAGAAAUUCAGCCCAUUCAGUGGAGCCUAAUGCUGGAGUGAGGCUUUUACAGCAGCCAAAGCACAGUAACAGUGCUAUUUCCCAGGCUCCUAGGGACAUUCCAGACCAAAACAGAUACCUUUCACUGAAAGAGGAGAUAUAUGGGCUUUCCCACAUCCCAGAACAUCUAAUGCAUAUUUACAAUCAGCCUAUUGCUAUUCUUCAAACCUCAGACCUUUUCCACUCCCCAGAACAACUGCAUCCUGCUAAAUCAGCAACUUUGCCAAGGAAAGGGCAGCUGGUGUAUGGCCCCAUGAUGGAACCCAUGAAUCGCGACAAUUACAUGCAAACACUCCCCAAAAUGCCAGUGCAUUCUCAUCCCCAGCCUUCUGCCUGCAGAGAUGAAAACAGUACCCUGGGUGGUGAAGAGGGCUUACCUUCCCAAACAUCCAACUGGAGCCGGUACACCAACAGCUUACUGGAAUCUGUCUCUGUUCCUGGGACAUUGAAUGAAGCAGUUGUAAUGACUCCAUUUUCAUCUGAACUUCAAGGUAUUUCGGAACAAACAUUGCUGGAACUCUCUAAAGGAAAACCAUCUCCACAUCCUCGAGCAUGGUUUGUGUCCCUGGAUGGAAAACCAAUUGCUCAAGUGAGGCAUUCCUUCAUAGAUCUGAAAAAGGGCAAAAAAACAGAGAGUAAUGAUACUAGUCUGGACUCUGGUGUGGACAUGAAUGAGCAUCAUCCUAGCAGGAAACUGGAGAGAGAGAAAACUUUCAUUAAAAGUAUGCCACAUUCUAAGAUUCUUUACUUGGAAGAUCUGGAUCUGAGUAGCAGUGAAAGUGGGACCACUGUUUGCACUCCAGAGGACCAGGCUGUGAGGCACAUUAUGGAAGGAGGGAAUGGGCCAGUCAUAGAACAGCAUGAUGAGGAAGGUCUAAGAAAAAAAUCUCUACCAGGAAGUCAUGAGUCUGGUAUCCCUUCUGCUAAAAAAAGGGAUAGACCACCUCUAAUGAAAAGAGAUAGCAAAACCAAUAUCUGGAAGAAAAGAGAGGAGAGGCCCCUUAUUCCUAUAAAUUAAAACACAAUGUGCUUUGUGCUUUUGCUCUCCCUGCUGGUUGUUGACCUCUUGGCUGCUUCUGUAAUUCUGCAGUGUUGGGUUUACAAGGGAAAAGUUGUUUUCUAGUAUAAAAAGUUUCCUUUUUUUAACGUACAGAUUGAGUUACUAAACUUCAGCUGGGCAAUUGAUAUUCCAUGCAAAUUGAAAACAGGGAAAUGCUACUUGUAAACUUUUCCAGUUCCUGAUUUUAUUGGCAGUAUGGGGAAGGCCCACAUUUUAAUUAGCCUGUCAUUCUUGGACACACCUUUGGGAAUGCACAGUGAGAAAUGUAGGCACAUGUUUUAAUAUUUUUGUACUUGUUGCUAAUGUGAUGGUAGCCUAGUUAAAGCCAUUCCUCAGCCUUGUUCCUAAUCAACGUGACCAUUCUGUACAGCAUUUUAUAUGUGAACUUUUCUAGGGAUCUGUUACUACUUCUUUGUACAAUGUGAAAUGUUUCAUCCGUUGGUCCCACAACACCAGCAGAUGAGCUCUGUUGGAUUUAUCAGCGGAGCUCUAUAGCAUUACUGCCCUCCCUGUGUGGCCAUCCAUGUGCAAUUCCAUACAACAGUGGGGGAAGGGGGAAGUGUACAAGCUCUGUGGCCACUGCAGUUCACGGUCCACGCUAUCUUAAGAUGUUGCCCAUCUGCUUUGUUUGAAUCUGCUUUGUUAUGGCCCAUGGAAGUUGAAGAUUGACAUCAGUUGUGAAGUAUCUACGUCCAGCAGAAAAGGACUGGUUCUGGUAGCAUUUGAAGCUGCAGCUACUCCUGAUCCCAGUGUCUUGUUUUGGCUUCUUUGUCAGUGAACAUCUUCUCUUCUGCAUGCCGUUGGGCCAAUUGUGCUCCACAAUAUAGCCUUGAAUUUCUGCAUAUUUAUAAGCAAGAGUUUGGCCCAUGAUGAAGUGUGUAAGAUUAGACAAAUUAUGCCUUGGAAAUAGUUUCUUGAGCAGGAAAGCUCGGCACUGUUGCUUUUUAUUUUAUGUUUAAAACAAUGGGAGAUCAUUUGAGGUUUAUGUGCCUACAUUUUGCCAGCCUGAGCUGCUUUUAUCUAGGUUUGCAGAGGAGUUAAGCAGGCUUUAAAAGUUGGGGGGAGGGUUACGAGCAUGAGACAGAAGAUUGCAAAAUUUGGUCUAUAAUGCAAUAUAAAUACUACUUAUGACUCAUCUUAGAGUUAAAUUUACCAAAUGUCAUGAAUGCAUGAAUUGUAACUAAGAUAUGUAUAGAGGAAGGAAAGGCCAUCAAAAUAUUCUUUAAUUUUAAUGUUCAUCUUGUCAAAGUGAUCAUUUCAACUUUGGCUAACAGAAAAAUGGAUGCAUCUCUUAAUGUGCUUCAUACAGUAUACAGAAUGUAUUUCUGUGGCUUUGAGGCUGUUUCCCCGGUGAAAUAAGUUCCAGCAUUUUGGCUUUGGCAGUUUGAUUAUAAAUCAUCCUAAAAAGGCUUUAUAAAUAUUUCCCUUAGAGCUUGGUUAAGGUUCUGUACCGAGACCCAAACAUACAAUGCCUAUAUUUGAAUUGUGGUGUGAACAAUGCUUGGUUGUCUGCCCUGUAGUACACUCAAGAGUUGGGAAGUAUCCUAUGCAGCUGGGCUUCUGGGAAUAUUUACUCAGGAAAUAUUACUGUGAAAUAUG